AUGACGCUGCUGACGAGUGCCUCCGUGCGCACGACCUCGGCCACAAAGGCAGAGACGACGGCCAAAGCCUUAGCCGACAGCUCUAAGAUCUGGGGCGAAUUCCUACUUGAACCGCCGGAAGGGAUGCAGAGUGGCACCAUGUCCCGCAUCCGAAUGAAGAGAAUACAAGUGAUCAUCAUCGUCGCCGCGACAACGCUGUUUCUCGGCUGCGCAUCCCUGCUGAUAUUUCUCCUGUGGGCCUUUUCUCAACCCACGAUAAAGUUCUGCAACACGCCCGAUUGUCUAACGCACAUUCUCGAGCUUCAGGGGGCCAUGAACACCAGCGUCAAACCAUGCGAAGACUUUUACAAGUUCACGUGCGGCUCUUGGAAGCCGAAGGAUAAAGAGAGGUCCAUGGUGGCGCGAGUCUUCGAUGAAUCGACCAUAAACGCCAUCAAAGAGAUGGAGGAGGGUUCCAGCGACAAAGCCGUGGUGCCGAAGGCCCUGGAAUACUUUAGGAGCUGCAUCCGUGAACGCGACCUGAUGCCGGCCGAGGUCGAAGUGUUCAUGAAGUUCAAGCAUCAGCUCGGCUUAUUCUGGCCGGAGCAGCCGCAAGUGGCCAUAGACGCCCUGCUGCCGUUGCUGAACAUGACCAUCACGUGGAACAUCAACCUCCUCUUCCACCUCCGGGCGCUGCCCGCCUACAAACGGAGGCCGCAGACGCUGUACAUCAGGCGAGGUAUAUUGAACACCAAGUGGUUGGAUCCCACGUGGACGCCACUAACAUUCGCCGAAGCCGUCAGAUCGCACUGCCGCCUACUCGGGGUCGAGGCGCCGUCCUCCUCUAGCAUCCAGGAACUCAAGAACACAGUGGAGGACAUUAUAAACGCCGCACUCAAGGUCCCGCCGGACGCGACGAGCGACACGCAGUUCAAGCUCAAGGAGAUCGAGCUGCUGAUGCCCAAGCGGGCCGACGACUGGCUCAAGCACCUGAACAUCCUGCACAGUCCCCAGUUCACGUGGACGCUAGACAGCCCCGUCGCUCUGGAAGACGACGCGAUACUGCAGAACAUAUACACGCUGCAGCAGAAGUACAGGGACAAGAAGCAGACGCUCCUGGAAGGCUUCGCGUUCGUGUUCGUUCGGACGACCCUGUGGCUAUUCGCGGGGAAACCCGAGAUCCGAUACGGGACCGACCCCGAGGUGAACCGCAACAUAUGGAAGCGGGCUUGCCUCUCGUACACGACCGCAAACUUCGGUCUUCUCGUCGCGGCCAAGCACAUCUACUCGCGCUACACCCCAACCGUGCGUGCCGACCUCGAGCGUUUCCACAACAGCAUCCAAGGUGCGCUCAAGGAGCAGCUGCAAGACGCCGCGUGGAUCGACGAAACCAUUAAGAAUAGGGCGACCGUCAAAAUAGACGAGCUGACGCUCAACGCGAUGCCGGAGGAGAACUUCUUCACCGAUGUCAAUCUGGCUCGGCUGUACCGGGACUUCCCCAUUAUCGGCCCGUCGUUCAUAAGGAACUACAUCGACGUAGCCGCCGCCUACCGACUUCUCAUCGGCCACGAUAGCUUCAUUAGCGUGUACUCCAAACGGCUUGGCGGCGGCGCGCCGAGCCGAUAUAACUACUACUACAACAUCGCCUAUAUGUCGCUUGGUGCCAUGGAGCCUCCGAUACUAUACCUGCACGGCACCAUGGCCAUGAUGUACGGCAGCUUCGGCACCCUAAUCGCCGAGUGCUUGGUUCGCUCGUUCGACAAGAGAGGCGUCCUCGUCAACGACUUGGGAAAAAGGGAGCACUGGUGGGACUCGCCGGCUUACACGCAGCGUAUCGGCUGCGACUUGUUACCUGACUCUAAGACCGGUGGCGGUCAAGGCGGUGUCCCCACUACGCUGCCACCCGGCAGCCGCGAUCCCCGGGAGGUUCGCUUCUCGGCCCUGUUCCCGUUGGCGCCGGCGCUGACGACGUCGUUCAUCGCGCACCGCAAGGCCAUCGCCACGGAUGGGUACGUCCAACGGCGCCUGCACGGUCUUGACGACUUCGACGACGACCAGAUCUUCUUCCUGAGCUACUGCCUCACGACGUGCGCCGUCGACAGCGCCGGCGACUCGUGCAACGUGCCGCUGCGACAGAUGGACAGGUUCGCCAGUGCCUUCCAGUGCGAACCCGACACACCAAUGAACCCGCAGAAAAAGUGCACGUUUUUCUAG